AGACAUCACUUCUCUUCAUUUGCUAAGAUGCCGCCGAGGAGAGCUACCCGUGCUCAGAUCGCUAGAGAUGCUAGAGAGGCUCAGGAUGAGCAUGUUCAGCCUGCAGUUCCGCAGCCCGAGGUUCCUCAGGUUGACCAGGAGGCUAUGAGACAGAUGGUUCAGGAUGCUGCUAGACAGGCUGCUCAGGAAGCAGUUCAGCAGAUUGCUCAGGAGACAGCCAGGCAAGCCGCUCAAGAGGCUGCCCGAGUAGCUGCUCAGGAAGUUGCUCGACAGAUGGCUGCAGCUCAGCAGGUUCCGCAGGGUCCUCAGAUUCAUGUGCAGCAGGGUCCGCAGAUUCAUAUGCAGCAGGUUCCGCCCGUUCAGGUUCAGCAUGAUCAUCAGGCUCCAGCUCAGCAGGCCCCAGCGCCACAAUAUCCGCAGGUUCCUAUUCAGCCGGUUCCAGGUGUCUUUCAGGUUCCGCCGCCGCCACCCGUCAUUCCAGUGCAUGUGCCCGAGGUUGAUGAAACAUUUAUCAGGGUGUUGUCACAGAUGAAGUAUGUGAACUUGGAGCAUUUCAGUGGUACCACGGACCCUACACUUGCUCACGAUUGGAGGCACAGUUUGGAUAAGUGUUUGAACACUAUCUCAUGCCCACAAGGCACAAGCUUAGGAUUGCUGAGUUGUAUUUACGCGGAGAUGCAGCAGUGUGGUGGGAUGGAGUGCGAGUGAUGCACCACGGCGAGAUGACUUAUGAGGAUUUCAUGUAUGCAUUCAACAAGAAGUAUUUUCCAAGAGAAGCUUUGGAUGAGAAGAAG